UCAAGGCUGUUUCAAUCAAAGUAAGCUGUUGAAGCCUACUAUAUUAUUUUAUAUUUUUUUCCUUACAAGUACAGUUUCUAUUCAGAAGGACGGAAGGAUCUCCAGAUAAUUGGAAAUGGCAGAACAAACGAUGGAGACAUACACGGAAGAAGAUGAUAUGAACGCUGGAAGUGUUAUGGGCCGUGGAACCAACUUGAUCAUCAAUUAUCUUCCCCAGACACUGUCCGAUGAAGAAUUUCUGUCGAUGUUUACGAGCAUAGGGUCCCUGAAAUCAGCAAAGGUUAUACGUGACAGAGCAACAGGAUACAGUUAUGGCUUCGGGUUUGUUGAUUAUCAAACAGAAGAGGAUGCUGCUCGUGCGAUUCAUAGUCUUAAUGGUCUUCAGAUGCAGAAUAAGCGUAUUAAAGUAGCGUUCGCUCGCCCAGGAGGAGAGACCAUUAAAGGAGCCAAUAUGUAUGUCAGAAAUAUACCAGCACAGUGGAAAGAACUUGAAUUAAACGCCAUGUUUGAGGGUUUCGGUGAAAUCAUCCAGUCAAGGGUAUUAAUUGAGCCAGCAACUGGUGUUUCACGUAGAGUUGGAUUCGUCUUGUUCGACAAGAAAGAAUCUGCGGAUAACGCCAUAAAGCAACUGAGUGGUAAAGUUCCACCCGGAGAAACCGAUCCGCUAAUGAUUAAAUACGCGGACGACAACUCGAAAAAAGUUCGACCACCAGUUAUCCCCCCUACAAUGAUUCCGGGUCCUAGAUUUGGUCACGGUCCUACUCCACAUGGUCCAAUGGGUAACAGUCGAGGGGGACCGAUGCGCAAUCAAGGUGGUGGAAAUCGCUUUCGUUACAACCCAAUGAUGAUGCCUGGACAAAGCGGUCAAGGGCAUGUCAUAUUUGUGUACAAUAUUGGCAGUGAUGCCGAUGAAAAGACAUUGUGGCAGUUAUUCAGUCCUUUUGGAAGUGUGACAAAGGUGAACGUCAUUUACGACAGUCAGAAACAAAUGUGCAAGGGAUAUGGUUUCGUUACUAUGACACAUCUGAGUGAAGCAGCCAACGCAAUUCAGUGUUUGAACGGAUAUUACUACAAUGGCAAGGCUUUACAAGUAUCAUUCAAACAGGCGAACCAGUAGAACUUUGAUCUUAGAUUACACCCAAAUCUCACAACUUGUAUUGUUGGACAUUUUAUAUGGUACACCUGUACACUUCAAAUGAAAAAAUCCUAUUUUAAUGUACUCAGUUUAAAAAUGUAGACAAGAAAACUAAUGUAUUUUUAGAAAAUAACAUUUUAAUGAACUCGAAAGGUUUCAAAAGUAAAAGAAAAAAUAAUAUGUUGAAAUGUGUAUGGAAAAAAAUCAAAUUUUUAAUUACUCAGUUGUUUAAAAAUAUAGACAAAAAACACAUGUAUUUUGAAAUCUUUAUGAAACAGAAUCAUAUUUUAAAAAGUAGAAGAAAAAAUAGUAUUUUGAAAACUGUACAGAAAUUUAAAGUUCUCAUGUUUGUGAAGUUUAUAGAGAAACUAGUAUUCAGUAAUCUGUACGAUUGAAAUAUUUCCAGUAUUUUUUUGCCCAUAUUAAUAUUAAUAUUACUAAGUGUAAACGUGUGUUAAAGUUACGUCACUUGUUAAUGUGCACUUCUAUAUAAGGGCAUAUGUAGAAUAUCAGUUUUAAUAUCAUUACAUAAUGCAUAAAAAAAAUACAUGUUACAGGGCAACAAAUUCCUUUAGUCUUAAAAGCUUUGUUUUAUGGAUACUAUCUAUUGAUUGGUUGAGAUUUAAAGUACUUGGCGAGAUGAUUAACUGUUAACCAAUGAAAAGACAGUAUGAAAUAUUAUCGUUUUCAUUGGUUGAGUUUUGAAAUCUUCCAUGUUGCAAUGGACCAAUAAUAAAAAGUUCUUGUGAAUGAUGCCCCACCAGUCAUUGUUUAUGUUUGGCUCUUGAGCUGUAAAGAGCUCACUUUAUUUUGCAAAAGUCAAAAAUCGCUCUCCUUAUAAAGUUCUCCCAGUUUGGACACAGUAAGGGAUUUCAUAAGUACAAUGUAAGGAGAGUUAAUAGGGACAAUGGUUCCUUUUAUUCUUAUGGCAGGGGAACUUUUGAGUACUGGUACAAGAUUUAGAGUCGGUAUCACCAGGAAUUCAUUCUCCGUAGCAUACACAAUUACACAUUGAUUUUUGACCAGAUUCGGGUUCUCAAUGAGCUUCGGCUCAAUCUAGCCCCGUUAAAAACAAUGACUGGAUGUCCAAGUGAGUAUCUGUAUGUACCGUCCCUUUUCAUAUACAUGUAAUUAGAGAAUUGUCAUGUGAUGUUGCCUAUAUAAGGACAUGUUUGUGGUAUCCGGUUAGCAACUGAAGGACCAAUCAAUGCUCAUAUUGUAUAAAUACAAAUUUUAAAUGGUUAAGAUGUACACCUACACCUGUAUGUAUGUGUAGUUUGUCAAUGUAGUUAUUGAAUUUUGUCUUAUAUGUAAUUGACACUGAACAGACUUCAGUGUGAAGAGCUGUUUUUCAAGGUACAUGUACAAUAAACAGAAAAAUAGAAAGUAUAUUUAAGAAAUGGCAGUUGUAAAAUUAUUAGAUGUUUGUAAAUAAUUUUAAAAAGUUUGUGCUUACAAGUAAUACCUGGGAUAUUGACAGUUCUUGUGACUUUAAUCUAGUAUUAAUCAGAUAAAAAUGCCAUGUUAUUCACAUUGGACAAGAGAAACAUCCUUGUACAUGUACAUCAAAAGGUCACAUUUUUUGUGUUGAAAUAUUAUUUACAUGUAACUUCCAUUCCUAUUAUAAUCUUCCAUUAUUAGACACAUCAAAGAUGAUGUAACUUUAGUCACAUAUCGACCAGGGUGUUUCUUUGACGUAAAUUCGGUGUACUAAUUUUAUUUCUGGUCCAACUUGAAACACCAUCCCCUAUUCUUCUUUAUAUAAACAAAAGAUAUAAGGUUGAAAGCUAAAGAGGAAAAAUUAUUAGCAUUCUGUAAAUGCAAAUAUAUGAAUUGAAAUUCAGAAACCCAUCUUUUUUUUUUCUUUUUUUUAAAGAUUACAGUUAAUAAGGGGAAUAACUCUCAAUGUUUGAAUAAUGUGCUGAGAUAGUUCAUGAAAUGUUUAUUUUAAAUAAAUCCUGAAAGUAAUAUUAAUAUUGUUUGAAGAUUGAAUUCUUAAUGGUUAGGGCCACAUUGCAUGAAGCAUACUUAAAUGAGUUGCCUUGUUAUUAUAGUCAUGGUUACGUUUGCUACAUUUACAUUGUACAUGUAGGUUCAUAAUGCAUUCAUAUCGUGCAUGUGGGUUCCAUUUCUCUAUAUCAUCACAAUGACUAUUUACAUGCAAUUUUUCUAUAGCUACAUGUAUGUCAUAGAAUUCACCAUCUACUACCACAAUACUAUAUUGUAUUGCUUAGAACUUUAUAUUGGACUGUUAAAAGAGAAUUAAAAUUGUGAGAAUAUUUCAGAUGCAGUUUUUCUAAAGUUACCAUAUAGAAUUCCCCAUCCUAUACAUAUACCACAAUACAGUAUUGUAUUGCCUAAAACUUUAUAUCGGGCACUCAACCGGUUAAAGGAGAUUUAAGAGUUGUGUGAAUAUUUUAUUAAUCCUUGUACAGAACCAUUUUCGGUAUCCCUAGUUGCAUUGUUCCGUUCUGCUCCACUAACCCCUGGGUCUAAUUACGGAGGAGAUACAUAGUCAAAUUAUCAAAUGGACCCAGUAGAACAGACUAUGCCACUGGGAAUACCAUGGAUGUUACAGGCUAUGCCACUGGUCUGGAGCAAUUGCUUCAUGCUUUUAUUAUCACAAAAGAUAUUUUUCUACAAGAUGUACAUGUAUCUAUCUAUAUGAUAUGAACAUUAGUCUGGUUUUUGGGUAUUUCAUAUUUUUAAUAGAUUUGAAGAAAAAAAACAUUUAGUCAAAUAGUCCCACUACAAUGUAUGUAUAAAUUAUCAUGCUUGUGUGUAAAUGCAACUACAUAUAUUAAAUAUCACUUAACUACAUGUAUGUCUCAUUGCACACCAACAGUGUUAUAGAAAAUCCACGUCUCUCUAUAACACUGGUGGACAUCAACAUCAGUGUUAUAGUGAAGUCACAGUGUGUACUCGAGUACAAGCUGCAUUAUUGGGUUUUAGGGGGUAUUUGUGUAUGCACUUACAGCUGUACCUUCAGCUGUAACUUUUUAACAAAAUAACUUCAUACUUUACAUGCAGUUGCCCUAACCCUGUUUCUAUGACUUCACCAAGUCUAAAUUAUAUUAAUCAGUGGACCCAACAUCAUUGUUAAAGUGUAACUUAAUGUAUACAUGUAUUAUUGUAGGGUCUCAGUCUAGUGAUACACUGGAUGCUAUUCUAUGGAAUACAAUUACUGUCCAUGCUUGAUAGACUAGGGAAUGUAGUCAAAGCUUCGCUCCAUAAUAAACAGUAGUAAUUGUAUUCCAUUACCUUGUGUAUUGCUCGUUAAAUUACUAAAUUCCAUUUUAAACAGUUUAACAGCCUAGUGGAGUUGUUAGUAUUAAUAUCUUAACAGAGAUUUAGUAAUUGGACCUAAAGGGAGUGAAACUCUAGAUUAUCAACCCAUCAUUGUUUGUGAUUAAAUUUUGUUAAAGAGAAUUUGUGAAAGUUUUAGUUAGGUAUUUUUUCUUUGUUCAUAGUUUUGAGCAUGAUAAUAUUUUGUUGUCGUAUUUUAUUUUAAUUAAUGAAGACAGUUUGUAGAUACAUUAACUUUGUUUGUUUAAAACAACAAUUUAUAAUUAAUGUAUUUUGUAUGUCCUGUAUAUUUUCAACAUUAAAAAUGUUGCUGUACUAUA